GGCAUUCCGUAUUUCAAUUGCCGUGUGUGUGUUGGGUCCUAUGAGUAUUAAAUGUUUCCAUAUAUAAGUCAUCUUUUGAUGCAUAAUAAACACUAAAUAACUGCUAAGAGCAUUAACUGAGUAUUUUCUGUUUUGUAGUGCACACUUUAGCUCUGUUGUUCCUUCGAAACUUGAUCUGUGGUCCUAAGUGCUGUAGUGAAAGUCAACAGCUAUAUAUAAUUUGUUGAUAAGGUCCAGAAAACAACAUGCGCCUAGUUUUUGUGAGUUAAGACGAAAUGUCAACUGAAGGGUAAGUCCGAAAUAUUUGUUGUUCCUCCUUCAGUUAAUUUUUUUCAAGGAAUAACCUUUUUUUAAUAACUAUUGUAUGUUGUCUCUAGUGCUUCAUGCUCAAGUGAAAUUUCAGUGAACGUAAGCGACGCGUUCCAACGUAUUAUGCUGAACAAGAGAUUCGGAAGCUGGAUUAAAGUAUGAUAGGAUAAACCUAUGUUUUCUCAGAUAACCCAUACACACUAUGUUCACGCAGAAAGUAGAUUGUUGAAGGAUGUGAGAUAUAAAUACUUGUUCGUAGUGUUUCGUUGCACGUUUGGUCGUAAACGUAAAUCAGAAGGUCUGAAUGUGAAUAAAAAACCGUGAGGACUCUAACUAAUGUGUUACAUUUAAGGUCUAAAUUUUUAAAUUGCCAAUCGAUGUUUCGCGUAAGAUUGGAGGGUCAACAAUACGUUAUAAAAUCUUACAACAUGUCUCACAACCAUCGGUGUACUAGUUCGUGGAUGGUUUGUGAUCCGUUGAGUAAACGAUUGUCAUCAGAAGAAAAAGAAAACUUGAAACCAGUUAUAUUGCACUGUCAGUCGACGGACGAAGUUAUCGAAAGUAUUAAGGAAAGAACAGGUAAGCAGGUGACCGCUGCUGAUGUAAAAAAUAUGAAAGCUGAACUCUCCACUGGUAAGUGUAUAUAAAUAUAUUUCAGGUUGGACUCGGAAGCAGGUAUUGCAGAUGAUGCGACAAAACGGUGAAGUUAGAGAGCAUGCAGAAAAUGGAUGUAUUACGGCGAUAUGCUUCAGCAGUUAUGAUCAGAUACGGCUGUACAGUCAAUAUCCCGAAGUCGUGUGUAUUGAUUCUACUUAUAAAACUAAUAAUAAAAAGUGAAUAUGAUUUUCGUUUUGUUCUACUAUGUAGAUAUUCAUUAUUCCAGUUAGUGGUGACAGACAAUUGGGGCCGAGGUCGAACUGUUAUGUUUGCAUGGACACAAAAAGAAAAGCGUGCCGAUGUUACGUGGGUUUUGGAUAAAUUGAAGGAGAUAAUGGGUAACACGACCAAAACAGAAACAUUUGUGAUGGAUUUCGCACGAUCUGAAAGCGCGGCUGUCCGUAUAACGCACGGGCAUGCAAACAUUAUUUUGUGCGCCUUUCAUUACGAAGUGGAUGUAAGUAUUUGUGAAUGCAAUUGUAGCACGUUUAAUAUGUGUCGAUAUCCGUGCCGCCAUCUCCUGCUGGCAUAUAUUAAAAGACGAAGUCUAACAGCUCAUCAACUUCUUAGGUGUUGCUGCAGAUGGAAAUUAGACAAUACGCACAAUUUACAAAACAACACAGGAAUUUCAUUACCGAGACGGAGUAAAGAAUAUAUACAACUUCAACGGCUCCAAAGAAUGUGCAAACAACAAAUUGUUGAGAAAUAUGGUGAACGCUUCGCGAAUCAGGUGGAGAGAAAAGUCUACAAUUUUUACUUAAGAAUUAUAAACAGCUAGACAGCAGGUUUACGAUUAACAGUUCUUUGUGGCUAUUUAUACAACUUGUAAACUUAUCUUUCCACUUUAGUAGUCAUGAAAAAUCAAUAAACUUUUUCUCAUUUUU